CAAAUCCCGGAGAGCAACAAACGGUGGUUCGGAUUGACAAGAGACGGAGACGCAUUUCGGUAUAAAACGGUGACAUGGCCACCGUCACGAGUAGUCAUGUUCUGGGAAAGCCUCGGGAGCUGAUAUCUUAUCAAGAACAAAGACGUCAGAAGUUAGAGGAAUAUAUUCAGAGGAAAAAGUACGCGAACAGCGUGGCAGCCCAAGCAAGGAGCCGUUUGGAGAGCAGGGUCUGCCUGAAAGACAAGACAAACUUUGAAAAAGUUCGGGUUGCUAAAUGGCAGAAGGAAAUAACGGUAUCUGAAGGCAAACAGCUGGAGCCAAAAAAACCUGUUCCCAACCAUUCUGUAUCCCAAUCCUGUAUCCGAUCUGGGUCAACUUUAUCAAAGCAAAGAGAAAAGCCGUCCAUACAGAAUACUAACUCAGUUAAUUUUAGAGCUAAAAUGUCUGCCAACCAAAUCACUCAAUCUGAAAACCUGCCAUCAUCAAUCCAAGAGGACCAUUCAAAAGUAGAACAAAAAUCAAAAGAAAAUAACAGUGUUGCUCUGAGCAAAACUGGAAUGUCUCUCCAAAAAUCAAUGGAACUGGAGAAAAUGCCAUCGAACCAAAAGCACAAUUCACUCGUGGAGCAAAGAGGAAAUAUAAAGCCAAGAGCACAGAAUGCCACACUUAGCCAAUCAUUCUUUGCAAUGAAAAACAAGCAGGUUAAAUUGAUAGCUGAAAAGGGCAAUACAUCUAAGAUGCCUACUUCCACUUUUAAGAAGCCGGUGUUGGGUUCAUUUCGUGGUAAAAUUGUACCAUCCAAAAUCCAGUCCUUCAGAUCAGCUUCUCAGCAGAGUGAGAGAAGGGAGAAGUCUGAUCCAGUGGCAAGUCUCUCUGAUACAGAGAUACAAAAUAAUGAACCUCAAGACAAGCUGCACAAGCCGAGGCCGAAGGGGGCGGAAAAUGUGCAGCCUGUUCGGAAGAUCUGGAAUAAUACACCCCAUAAUAAAGAAAGGAGAUUAACAGCAGCUUCUGCUCGCAGUACUACAACAAAGCAAAAGGCAAUCACAGCCAACGUGCUGAACAUCAAAAUAGAUUUUAAACAGUCUGGGAAAGGUGACACCGCAAUAGUGGCAACUCAAACAAUCACAACAAAGAGAAUCACUGCACCCUCCCAUAAAGCCCCCAAAGAUUUACCUGCAAGACCCCCAGUGUGGAAGCUUUCAAAACAUUAUGGCAGCCAUAAACCCAUAAAAGAUGGUGAGCCUCCAGCAGAUAAAAGGAGAACACAACUGAUGUCAAAGGAGAAAUUAGUAAAACGACCAGAAACGAUGCCCUUGCAGAAAAAGAAGUCUGCAGAAGAGCCAGUGAAAUCACUUUGGACGACGAUUGUGGAAGAAGAAAACCAGAAUGAACUCGUGAACAAAAUAAACCAGUCUCUCUCUGAGUGUCUGAACCGGAUUAAUGAGGGUUGCCCAAGUGAAGAUGUUUUGCAGACUCUUGAGAAUUUCACUGAGAGUGUCCCUAAGGCUAAGAAGUUUGCGAGGUACUGGAUCUGCCUCGCCUACCUUGAGCAACGCAAAGGAUCUGUCCACAACGUGAUGGCUGUUUAUGAACAAGCCAUUAGAACCGGAGCACAGCCGGCAGAAGAACUGCGUAAUACGCUGGCAGACAUUUUGAGAAACACGAAGACUCCGAAGAAACCAUGUGAUGACAAAAGCAAAAGCGAGGAGGAAGGAGAAGGGCAAACUCCAGAACUGUCAUUAGAAAACAUGACUGAGCAGAAAGCUCCUGAGGAGACGGAAAUGGAGGAGAAAGAAGUGGAAGAGGAAAAUGGUGAAUGGAGGCCAUCUCCAGAGGAAAAUGAGCACUCUACAAACGAUCCUGAGAACCUCCCUCCCGAGGAGCAGAAAAUCUGUCCGUCCGCAAUUGAUAAACAGAGCAUUUCCAGAAAGGAUGAAGAUGCCACUGGACUGGAAUCCGUUUCUAAUGCAAAGGAACUCUCCACAGAGCAAGAGAUGAAACCUGCAGCCAAAGAGCAGCUGCCUCCCCUGGGGCAAAUGGCAGAGGGUGUUGAUGAAGUCUGUGGGGCACAGUCAGAUGAGGAUUAUGGGAUUAAAGAGAUUGAAAUGAUUAAAAACAUUAAAAUUGAAGACAUGAAUACCCCAGUGAAGCAAAUGAUGACACCAAGUAAAGUGAAAAAUGGAGGAUCAUCUGUUAAGUAUAAUGUGAAAGCAACACCUAAACUGAAAAGUGCGAAGAAUCCAAUUCGUCAGGAAAACAGCAAUUCCAAGAUCAAAGAUUUGAAGUUUCUGACUCCCGUAAGGCGCUCCCGGCGCAUUGAACAAGGAUCUUCCCAGCUGCCUCUAAUGCUGCAAGACCAUGAUCCCUGUGUUUUGUCCUUAGAUGAUUUGCAACAUUUGGGAGAUACUUCUACUGCCUAUAUGUUCAGGAUGAAUGACGCACUGCAAGAAUAUACAAACACUUCAAUGUACUGAAGGUGUUAAUAAAAGCAAUUCUUAGCAGCAUUUGGUUAACAUGCAGUUCAUUAAGAUUCUCACAAUUUUCCUAUCAUUUGUAUUCACUAAAGCAGGGUUCUUUGAUAGUAUUACACUGCACUAAACAUAGAAUUAUUCCUCCUGCUGUCUCCAUUGGAAUAUAGAUUAAUUUCUUGAUCUCAAAUCUACAGUCAACUUUCCCACCCCGCUGCCUAGCUCUAAAACCCUGACAUCAUUUGUGUCAUAUUUAAUGAACACUUUACUAAAUAGUUGUGUAUAUUUGUUGUAGUAACCUCAUCAUCCGCCUUUGCAACCCACUCACCAAAAAACUAGCCAGAUUUUAAUGUUUUUAAAUAAUACUUUGGCACAUGAUCUGUAACCUCUUAAACAGUUUUUAUUUGCAAUAUAUAGCAACUUGUGCUUGGAAGCUAUUGAACAUGGAUUCUGGGCAUGGGAGGGAUGGUGGAGUUAAAUUUUAAUAAAACUUGCCAGAAUAUAUAGGUAUGUAAUAAAACUUGUUAAAUUUUAAAAUGUUGUUCUAGUUUGUCUUGGUGCUGCUGUUGAGUUGAAGUCAAUACUAAUUUGAAAAAAAAAUGCUACAAAUAUUUUAGAACCCUUUCACCUUAUUUUAGCCUUGUCUUGAGAAAAUUUAACACUAAAUUUUUAAAAAAAUUCCAAAAUUAUAUCAAAAAUGGUGGAUCAGUUAUUUGCUGUCAGUGCUAAACUGUGCAUUUCCAUUGUUAGAAUUUAAAUUGUAGGAUCUCUUUGGUUGACCUGAAGAAAAGAUGAGUAUUUUCUCUCGGACUUGUCAUUGAGUACCAGCAUCCUCCUUUUUUUCCCUUUAAUUUUCCACAUAAGGGAUGCUUUUAAAAUGCAAAACAAAACAUAAAGCAUUGGACUAUCUGGCUUUUACCUUCAGUUGUGGCUGAGGCAUUGAGGAUGAUGGAGAGCUGUCGAUGCAUCACCUGGGGGAGCAGUUCUAUUUUUGUAUCUAAGUUUUUUUUUCUUGUAGUAAAACAUCAUCUUUAAUGUCUCCUAUAACAAUUUUGUACACACUAUUCUAUAAUCUUUCAUGUCUUGAGUGCUAAUAAUUCAAGCAUUUAUUCUUAAAUUAGUGUUGUAUUUGUCUUGGAAUGAAAAUGAUCAUUUGUAUUUAAUGUUUUGUAACAUCUUCAUUAAAUGACAA